CCGAUCUUUAGACCCCGCUUGGUUUCCGCGAGAGCUGCCACUGGAGCCACCGAUUCAGUCAUAGAUUACAGAGAAGAUAUCGGUGAGAUUCUUGGCGAUGUCUCCAUCUUCACUGCUUCUGGCCAGCGUGUGCAAUUCAGUGAUCUCUGGGAUCAGAACGAUGGAAUUGCUGCUGUUGUACUUUUGAGGCAUUUCGGAUGCGUUUGCUGUUGGGAACUUGCUGCUGCUUUGAAAGAAGCGAAACCGAGAUUUGAUGCAGCUGGUGUUAAAUUGAUAGCUGUUGGUGUUGGAACUCCUGAUAAGGCUCGUAUACUUGCUACUCGGUUACCUUUUCCCGUGGAAUCUCUUUAUGCGGAUCCUGAACGCAAGGCAUACGAUGUUCUUGGAUUAUACUACGGUUUAGGCCGCACUUUCUUCAACCCAGCUAGUAAAAAGGUAUUCUCAAGAUUUAAAGAGAUUCGAGAAGCUGCAAAGAAUUACACCAUAGAGGCCACUCCUGAAGACAGAAGCAGUGUGUUGCAACAGGGAGGUACGUUUGUAUUCAGAGGCAAGAAACUGUUGUACGGUCGAAAAGACGAAGGCACUGGAGAUCAUCCAUCUCUCGAUGAUGUCCUUAAUGUCUGCUGCAAAACCGCUGUUGCUUGAAACAUAUUUCUCUCUAAUUUGUUUGUCCUAAAUACUUAUAAUCACUGUAUAGCUAUGAAAUAGUGUCUGUCGAUAUUUUCUUAAAUUUUGGAUAAAGUAUCAACUCAAAGAGCAAUAUAUGUCCCCAACCCCAAGUUCAAUCUU